AUGGAUCGUAGAGUAAGGAAGGAGCGCAAAGUCAGACCAGGCUUCACGCCAGUUGAAGACGUGGUGCGCUACCGCCCUGCCAGAGCUAGGGAGGCAGAGGAAGCGCGCAAGCGAGGCGUGCCAGGAAGCGCAGCGCAAACCAAAGCAUCGACCAGCAGCACAUCACCGUCGUCCACAGUGUCAUCUCCAAGUGCAUCGCUCUCAGGAUCAACAGAAGCGGUUCCGCCGACACGACAUUCAAGCGUGGCAAGGUCGUCGACAAUACCGUCGGCAGCCUCAAACGGCAGCAACAACGGCGAGCAGCCACGCGGCAAAUUUGCUCCGCUUGAACCGCCACGGCAACGAAAGGGUGCAGGGGCUCCAGCAGCAACGAAUAUCACUGCAGCUGGUAGACCCGACAAACAGGCAGACGAGCUGCCGAAGCCAUGGCGAAAUUCGCGCUUGCGCAAACCGGCAGCGCCCGCGGCAGCUCAGAAUGAGGCGGCGGACGUACCGAUUGCAUUGCAUGGAGAGAAAACAGACCGUAGCGGCAAAGCCGACGAGAAGUCGAAGGACGAGACUCACACUGUGCUUGAUCGGCAGCCACAAGUAGCAGGCGACGAGUUGGUAGCUCAGCUCGAGGAUUUGCGCAUUGGCCAAAGCAAAGAGCCAUCACAGAAUCGAGGUUGA